CUGAAAACAAAAGCUUGUUUUUCGUAGUGUUCUACUAAUUUAAAUUAGUAAAGUAAACUGGUUUAGCGUGUGCUAUCAGUUUUUACGAUGCUUUACGAGUUUUAGAUGCAAGCGGGCGUAUGUGCAGACUCGUACAUGUAUGAAUAUAGUUGUAGAGCGGGUUUUACCAAUUGAAUUUGGAAGUUCUACGACAAUGCAAUAAUUAGUAAAGCAUCGAUAACUCGUAAACGCUGUUAUCAGAGCGUUUACGAAUUUGUUGUACUAAUUGGUUUACAAAUUUUGUGGUAGCUUUACGAUGUUUAGAAAUAUUCCCGCUGUUGAGAUCACGUGACAACACUUUUUCAGCGUGCAAAAUUUAAUCAGCGCAUAAACGCGCAGACGACUUGUAAUAUCGAGCAGCUGGGUUGUAAGGGAACUUGACGUUGAAAACAAUGGCAAACAGGCACAAAUUCCUGUUCCUUUAUAACGAACGCUGCAAAAAGGUUGAGCUAGAAAAUGACAACCCAAAUGGAGUAAGCAUGGAAGAGCUCAUGGAAAAGGCAAGCAACUUGUUCGGUAUUGAUCAGACAAAUAUCUUGCUCCAAAAAUGGGACUCUGGUUAUGAAUGUUUUAUCGACAUCGAUGGUAACGAGCCUGCUGAUGAAACUAUAUCUGGGGGUAUCAAGAUUAAAGUUCAAUCCAUAGUGCACUUCAUGCCAGUGCACAUAGACAUGGUGCAACCCAUUGCUGCUGCACAACCAGUCGUGUCUGAGAAACCUGAAGAUACUAGCACUGAAGAUGAACCUGAUGCUGGUGGCAGAUCUAGAGAUGUUGAAAUGGAGGUGGAGGAAAAGGAUCAAGGAGAAGCACAGAUUUAUUCUCAUGAAAGGUCCAGGUUGAGGCCAGUUUCAUGUUGGAUAGUAAAUUGGAAGUUGCCAGAUCUACCUCCAGCAAUUCACAAGAAGCUACUGUCACUGCCACUUGGAAAUGACUUGAGGGUCUCGGAGAGGUCAACGAUAUUUGACAUAAUAUUCAAGUCUGUGAUGCAGCAUAAGAAUGUGUACCCAAAGCCUGCUGAAUAUACCUUACUUAUUGACCAAUUGUUCAAGCGAUAUCCGAGACUGGACUGCAACUUGAAAGAUGUCAAUUGUGGAAGUCGCAAGGUGAUGUACAGGAAGAAGCUCACGUAUUACUUCCAAAACAAAAGAGAUGUCCUAAGGAAAGACGAGCUGACAACUGUAAACUUUGCAUGGCGGAAGAAGAGACAAUCAACCAAGCCGGUAUGCAAAGCAACUGCAUCAUCAGCUGCACCAGCAGUAUGGGGCGUACAAAAUUACCUACCGUCAAUGCCGGACACGGAAGAUGAUGACAGCAUCAAAAAGCACAUCAAGAUAAUGCAGGAUGAGUUCAAAAAGAAGUAUCCUGACAUCAAAAGAGUUGCAACAGGCAUGGAUAUGACAUUAAGUGCUCGGAGAAACACUAUUGUAAAAGAGAAUGCAACAAUUCAAGACAUAAAGGAUACUUAUCCAUGGCUAUUCCAAGAAUCGCAGCUGAUGGCUGAAAUGGACCGGCUGAUUGGCAGCUCGGAGGAUAAGGGGUUCAAGGGCAAAAUGACCCUUGGGUUCAAAAAAUUCGGGAUGGCCAUUGUUAAGUACGGGAAACGAUUGAAAGCAAAAUCCACACCACAGUGUUUCAAGAUACUAGCUGAGAGGAUUCCUAUCACUAGGGAUGACAAGGAAUAUCAAGAUGCUGUAACAAGAGCGGCCAUAAUCAUGAUACCAACCAUGUUCAGGGAGAAGAUUGGCAACAUCUUCAAGGAGUCUAAGGAGAACGAAGAGUCUGAUGAAAUGCCUUCCCCUGUCAUCAAGUACAGUGGCCAGCUGACAGAAGCAGCAGAGUUCCAGAUAGCUGUGGAUGGAGUGGUUGUUGCAACAAGUGAAGACAUCAUCAGCUCCUUCAGCUGCUACAUGGCAGCUAUUUAUACCUUCAACAUGCACAACCCCCGAUGUUUGGCCAAGACGGCUCUCUUCGUUGAAAGAGUCAUCCUAGACCUUGAAGACAAUCAGUCCAUCCAACCUUUGCAAAAUGUGGUCUCAAAGUUAGUAAAUCUUCUUGAAUAACUGUCUUAUAACUCAAGCAUCACUCAAUGUCUUGUCGCUGCAUAUUAGGACUAUAGUGAGUGAAAUUGAAUUUGAAUUUGAAUUUUGUUAACUGGAUGGAUCAGGUUUAAUACUUCUUUACUCCCAAUAAGUGAAGACAUCAUCUGCUCCUUCAGCUGCUACAUGGCAGCUACUUAUACAUUCAACAUGCACAAUCCCUGAUGUUUGGCCAAGAUGGCUCUCUUCGUUGAAAGAGUCAUCCUAGACUUUGAAGACAAUCAGUACAUCCAACCUUUGCAAAAUGUGGUCUCAAAGUUAGUAAAUCUUCUUGAAUAACUGUCUUGUAACUCAAGCAUCACUCAAUGUCUUGUUGCUGCAUAUUAGGACUAUAGUGAGUGAAAUUGAAUUUGAAUUUUGUUAACUGGAUGGAUCAGGUUUGAUACUUCUUUACUCCCAAUAAGUGAAGACAUCAUCUGCUCCUUCAGCUGCUACAAGGCAGCUACUUAUACCUUCAACAUGCACAAUCCCUGAUGUUUGGCCAAGAUGGCUCUCUUCGUUGAAAGAGUCAUCCUAGACCUUGAAGACAAUCAGUCCAUCCAACAUUUGCAAAAGUGGUGUCAAAGUUAGUAAAUCUUCUUGAAUAACUGUCUUGUAACUCGAGCAUACUCACUGUCUUGUCAUGCUGCAUGUUAAGACUAUAGUGAGUGAAAUUGAAUUGGAAUUUUGUUAACUGGAUGGAUCUGGUUUGAGGCUUCUUUAAUCCAAGUGGAGUUGAAAGUAGAUUGUUGAAUGAAAAGUAAAACUCUCUAAUUUUGUUGUAGCAGUAUUAAGUGUUAAAUGUUUGAACUCUGCAGUAUUACAAAGUACCCUGACUCUCAUUUAACCUUAUUGUGUAAUGCAUGGGAAACUGUACAUUUUAGAAAAGGAAACAAGUUAUGGAAUACAUAUCUGACCUCAAAUUUGACCAAGAAUGCCAAUUUUUAGUGAAAAUUAUGAAAGAAGUCACUUUAAAAAAAAAUCUUUUUUAUUCUUAAAUUUAUAAAAAUCAGUCAAAUUUAGUGAAAAUCAUCUCAAGAGAAAGUUCUAAUAUCUACCACUUUCAAAUUUGUAUACCACUUUCAAUUUUGUAUAUUAAAAUGUAGUUUUGGCAUUAACCAAAAAGUGCCAAAAGUAUCACCUUUUAUUUUUGGCUCUUUUUGAGGAAAAGUUUCAAGAAUAUCAUUUUACGUAAAACUUUCAAAUUGAUCUCUUCAGGUAAUUUUGACCAAAUCUGGUGAUUAUAAUCAAUUUUUAAAAAUAUUUUUUAAAAAGUUUUCUUGAAAUAUUUUGAGCCAAAGCAGUAAUAUUUUUAUAAUUCCCUUUCAAUUCUGCUGUUUUAGUCAAA